GUUAGAGAAGAAAGAGGAGGCGCCCUUGAACAGAAAUGAGCUGACAAAUUAAACAAAGCAUUAUCCUUAAUCCAAAAGAUUAGAACAAGCAUUAAUUGAACUCCAUAACCUGUUGCAAGAGAUGUUACUACUUAUCUUAGUAUUAUCCAAAGUUAAGAAUCCACUGGUUCAAGGGUAUGUCCAAUAGUGAUGAAAAUGUUUUGAUCAAAACGACGGCGUUUAAUGCUAGUUUCACUUUCAUGAGAGAAAACUAAGAAAGCUUCCAUUUGUGUUCUAACUUCUAGGGCGUCCUCAUUUAUCGUUCUCCCAGAGGCUCUGAUAAAAAAACUACCAAAAGAAGAGAAAGCAGAGAAAAGAAGUUUUGGCAUUGGAAUCAAUGGCGACGAAAGGGAAGCAAAAGCAACAAGAAGAAGAACAACAGCAACAAAGACAAGAACAAAAGAAAACAACAGAGAAGAGAAAGCCAGUGUUUGUGAAAGUGGAUCAGCUAAAACCAGGUACCAAUGGCCACACCUUAAUCGCCAAGGUCUUGUCCUCUAACAUGGUCGUUAAAAAGGGUCGAGCUGCUUCUCAACAUCUCCGCCAACCCCGCAUCGCUGAGUGCCUUGUUGGAGAUGAGACAGGCACUGUCCUCUUCACUGCCCGUAAUGAUCAAGUUGACUUGCUGAAGCCAGGUGCCACUGUAAUCCUUCGUAAUGCAAAGAUUGAUAUGUUUAAGGCUUCUAUGAGGCUGGCUGUUGAUAAAUGGGGCCGCAUUGAGGUCACUGAUCCUUCUAACUUUGUUGUUAAAGAAGAUAACAAUCUAUCUCUUGUCGAGUAUGAGUUGGUUAAUAUAGUUGAAGAAUGAUAGACUGCAUGGACCUCAGUGACUUGAUACUGAAGGAGUUCUUAUGAAGUGGCAUAACGAUUCUUGUUGACUCUUCAUAAUGUUGGGUGAGAUGCUAUUACGGUACAGUUUUCAUUGUGAAAGUGUUGGGUUUGGUAUAGAAAUCUUGCUGAUGGUCGGUCUCACUCCAUUAUACUUUUAACAUCUAAUGGUUUAGUUUAGUACUAGUUGAGUGUGAAGAAGACUGCUUCUUUCUUCUGAUCAAAUUGCAUCUGGAUAUUUAAGUAUUGAUAGUAAAAUCCUUCUGUAUUGAGUUUUUAGUUCUUCUUUGCUUUAAUAACUUAUAGGCAGUCCUUCUUCAUCAAAAUAUUUGCUUCAAAGUGAUGUAAAACUUUAAUGUGAUUAAAUUGACAAAUGUCUUUGCAAGUUUUUCAGUUCUUGGUUGGCCAUACAUGAUACAGAACUUCUGCAUUCUGGUUUUAUUUGGGUUGUGAAAUAAACCAGGCUGAACAAUCAGGAGCUGUAUUCAGAGAUCAUUGCUAUAUAUAUCAAGAUGUUCUCAGUUUAUGGUUUACUAUGAAAUUAUCCCAGGACGCAAAGUUCAGUUUAGGAACAGAAUGUGUCGAAGAUUCAUUUGAUUGAUGGGGCAAAAGGCCGCAAAGGUUCAUAUUCAACUAGUUGGGGCAUGUGUAGUGAUACAAUACAACCACGGCAACUGUCUGGCUUACAUCUCUAACAGAUUGGAUGACCAAUGAGAAUCAUCCAAAUGAAGCACUAACCAGAGUUGUGGCUGUAAGACGCAUUGUAAAACCUGGAGUUGGUUUGGGCGUUGGACGAGAGAAUGGAGAAAGGGUGAUUGAGGUUCGCCCUUUAGGUGUUAUUCAUGGUAUA